AUGAAAAUAUCAUAUAGGGCGUAUAUUAUCCCAAUAAAAUAUGAUCAAAUAAAUGCUACAUUCUCAGACACAUAAAUGUCUGCAUGGCUGCGGUAAAAGAUGCACCCCGAUAACACUGUCUGUGGGAAUGGCUUCCUCUGGUCAGUGGUAACAAAUGCCCUCACAGAGACCCUCCAGGUCGAUGUUCCUAUACUGUGUACAGAGACAAAAUAGGUGGGUUAUCUGUAAGGGAAAGGGGAUUUAUGACAUUGGUCUUGCUGCUAAACAGAAAAUUGUUAUGAUUUGGAAAAUGAGAACCAUAUGUAGCUCACGCAGUUUGCUUCACUUCCUCAUGCUCUCAGAUUACUCAAACACCAACACUUCAGACCUGCUUGUAACACACAGGGCAAAGCCUGUGAAAAAAAGUGGCACAUGUGCCACACCUGCUGAUGAAAAUGUUGUUGGGCAGUCUGCUGCUUCACUUCCUCAUACUCUUAGAGCGAGAUUCAUUUACUUGUUCAACCCAUCUCUCUCGUUUGUCACCAUGGGUGUUUGUACCUUAUUUCCACUGCUGUGUCUGCUCCUAUUCUUCUCAAGGGCAGGCGCUCUCUUUGCUUACGGUUUGCUUCGUUGCCAGUCUCCUUCCCCUGACAAAAUCGUUUAUCUGGAGCAAGUCUACUUUAACAAGGUGCUUCUGUUGCAAUACAACAGCACUUUGGGAAAAUGCACCGGCUACACACAAAAAACAAAAGAAUAUGCAGAUCACCUCAACAAUAACCCUGCUUAUUUGAGACAAGAAAAAGAAAAUAUAGAGGUAUGCAAAAUCCACAUGUCAUGGGCGUUGGACAUCCCUUCAAACACAGUCGAGCCCUCUGUCAGGCUGAGGUCAGUCAAGGCAGCAGGCGGCAGACAUCCAGGCAUGCUCGUCUGCAGCGUGUACAACUUCUACCCUAAACAAAUCCGAGUGACUUGGCUGAGGAACGGAAAGCAUGUGACAUCUGAUGUGACGUCCACUGACGAAGUGUCCAAUGGGAAUUGGCUCUACCAGAUCCACUCCUAUCUGGAGUUUACACCCACACUAGGAGAGAAAAUCACAUGUAUGGUGGAGCACGCCAGCCUCAGGCAGCCCAAGCUUUAUGACUGGGACCCGACACCUGAGUCAGAGAGGAACAAGAUCGCUGUUGGCACAGCAGGAUUGCUGCUGGGUCUGGUGUUUUUUGGUACCGGGAUGAUUUACUACAAAAAGAACACUUCUGGACGCGUGUUGGUGCCAACAAGUUAAGAUUUGUCCUGCAAGCGACAGUGUGAAUUGAUUCAACUGUGGAAUAAUUAUACAGAAAUGAUACUUCGGGGGGUUGACAUGCUGUAUAGAGCAUCCACAGGAAUCAUUUGUAUUUGUAUAUGUGUUAAUUUCAUCAAGUGUAAGCUUUUAUUGAAGUUUGAGGAAAAUAGUUUAAAAAUAGCUUGUCAAAGCCUAAAUUUUCUUUUGUACAGCACAAAUCAUGAUGAUUUAAGAGAUCCUGUUUCCCAUGAAAUGGACUGAUUAAACCCUGAAAUACUGAAAAUGCUGAAAUGAUCAAAACAUCUUUCUU